AUGGGUCUUAAUUUCACAAAAAAGGUCAUCCCAGUCAUACCAAUCAUCAUAAAUAGUCCAAUCCUCUUCUCUCUGUCCAUAUUCUUUGGUAAAUUCAUCGAAGGCUUUCUCCUUCUCAGCAUCUAUAUCCUCAUCAAACAUUUUGCUAAUAUUGUAGAUCAAUUAUACUUAAUAAAAAAUAAAG